UAUCAAAACCUAAGGCAAAACUUAUACGGAGAAAAGUGAAACUUAUUCUAUUUAUAAAACUAAAACUCCGAAGAGAAUUCCAUAAAGAUUUUUUUGAUAUCUAGGGAUUAACAAUGUGGUGUGCAUACUCAAUAGCAAAACUGCUCUUUCUGACUAUCUUGCUUUUGGUGGAGGCUUCAUUGGGUCGAUAUAUUCCAUUUAAAUUUCCAGGAGGGUAUGUGACGAUAUGGUGGGACAUCAUGAAUGAAACUCGUGGUAGCUACUCAGCUAAUGUCACAAUCAUCGACUACUUGAAGAAUCGCGACAUUGACGGGCCAUGGGCACUAAGCUGGGAAUGGGCCGAAGACGAAAUUCUAUUGAGCACUGUGGGUGUUAUUGGUACACAACUUGGGAAUGACUCAUCAGUAGGUGACAAUAAGUGGCCUUUGAAUAGUAAUUUGCCACCACACGGGGAGAAAGUAUCAAAAUAUUGCAAGGGCGUUGUGAUUCCCUCGUGGUGUAUAGAAGCCGACCUUCCGAAAAGCUCUUCUUCAUUCCAAAUUACUGUUGGCCGAGUUGGUAUUGAAUAUUAUCCGCCAGCAUAUGUCGACUUUACUACAACAAGAUCAAAUUUCAUGUGUUUUUCAAUGAUGCCAUUUACUAAGAGACGGGGUUACUUGAAAACGUGGAGGGCGGAGUGCGGUCUCUUAGGGUUCCACAAGAUUGAUAACAAAAAAGAUUUAUGAAGUUGUGGGGGCUGUUUGCAUUUUUCUAAUGUUUUCGUGCUUUAAUACUAUUUUUUGUGUUCAUGAGAUUUCAUGUGAUGCGACUAUGAUAAUAAUUUGAUAUCAUACAAGAGUGCGCAAAUGACAUAAAUAUAUACGUCAAUCAAAUUAAGAACAUUCGGAAGCAAGUCCUAAUAAUUUAUUAAUGUCAGUUGGAUUAACGCUUAGUCCU